CAUUCCCUUUACUCGACCCCCAGCCUCCUCCAGCAGAUCAAACUUCUCCUCACAACGCCAACCAUGAGCUCCUCUCUCCCAAAGAGCGAGUCCACUACUUCUCUGCUCAAGUCGUCGGCGCUGAACCGCAGGUCUGCGCACUCGGAUCACGGUCCUCACGGUCAGAGGAGUCACCGCUAUCACUGUCAUCCCACCGGAGCUGGAGGCAGCGAAGAUGCUGCGGACUGGACUGAGGACUGCGAGCCCAGCGCGCGCAGACCACUCUGUCAGCCAAGACACGCUGACUCUCGAAGUUCAGCUGGUCAUCAGCGGAUGCAGAAAAGUCAUUCUCACAGACAAGCCAGCCUGAUGGAUGAUGGUUACCCCCCUGUGGAUGAGAGGCACGGGGCGAGCAAGCAUCACAAAGAGCGUAGCAAGUCCUGCAAGUCCAAGCUGCCUCCCGCAGUGCUGCACCACCACCACAGCGGCGCCGGGCAGGACAGGAGGACUUCGCCAACGCCGUCUCAACCCAAAUCUGACGCGGACGACACCACUUUCUUUUUCGAGCCCAGGAAGAGAGUCAUCACCGGGUCAACCUCCAGCCUCAGCUCCGACACACCUGCUACCUGCAGCGCACCUGUCCUCCACCACCACCGCCACCACCACACAUCCAGCCGCAAACCCAAGAGACUGAGCACACCCUCCUCUGAUUCCAGUCUUCAUCCCAUUGUGAAGUCCGUGUUUGGCCAGUCGCUUAAACACAUCGACAAGAAGGACCAGCAGAAGAAGUACAAAGCAGUGCAGUCCUGUGAGGAGGGGGGCUCUGGGGGGGCCUAUCUAGAGCCGUUAGUGGCCCUGGCCCAGAACGGAGCCAACAUGCACAACAUACUGGGGCCUGCAUGCAUCUUUCUGCGCAAGGGCUUCGCUGAGAGCCGGCAGGCUGACCGAGAGUUAAGGCCAGAGGAAAUGGAUGAACUGCGUGAGGCUUUCAAGGAGUUUGACAAAGACAAAGACGGCUUUAUUGGCUGUAAAGACCUGGGGAACUGCAUGAGAACUAUGGGCUACAUGCCAACAGAGAUGGAGCUAAUAGAACUAAGCCAGCAGAUCAACAUGAACUUGGGAGGACAUGUUGACUUUGAGGACUUUGUUGAACUCAUGGGGCCCAAACUUCUGGCUGAAACUGCAGACAUGAUUGGGGUCAAAGAGCUGAGGGAUGCAUUUAAGGAGUUUGACACCAACGGUGAUGGACAGAUCAGCACAUCAGAACUCAGAGAAGCAAUGAAAAAACUUCUGGGACAACAGGUUGGACACAGAGAUCUGGAGGACAUCCUCCGAGACAUAGAUCUCAACGGAGACGGACAUGUAGACUUUGAAGAAUUUGUGCGGAUGAUGUCACGGUGAGUUUGGCACAGAGAGAACGCUGAGAUGUUUCAACCGAGCAUGGCUUCUCUGUAGGACAAUGGGAGGAAAAAAAAGAAAAGAUGGAUUUUGAACUUAAUGAAAACAAAUACAUAUCAACCCUGCC